UACUGCAGUGUGACAGAGAAAAUAAUAUGCGCUAUAACGGCGUGGCCGGUGUUAUGUUUUAUCACUUUCGAUUGAAAAUAAGUGAAAUUACACGAGUUACUGACUGUCUGCAGAAAAUUGUUAUUUAUAUCUGAGAAAUACUUAAUCCUGGUGUACCUCUCACUGUGCGAUUUCAGGAGGAACUUCCUGGCUUGAUCCAGUGGUUUUGGCUAGAUCGAAUGACAGACAUCAUUUGUAAACCACUGGUGUUGCUUCCAGAUGCAUAAAGAUACGAGUGAGAUCAUCCGUUCAUUAUUAUGUGGGAAUGAUGGUGAUAACGUGUGCCACUUCUCGUGAUAAACUCCCAGUUUUCUGCUUUUUUUGGUUUAUGGUGGCCGUUGAUAAGUAGAUAAUGAGAGGAAAGUUUGGAGAAUCGGUGAGAGAAUUGGGAAUUGGUAGCCACGUGCCUGUGACAGUUCAAGGGUUUCGGUACUUUGGGUUUGUUUGAUUUACUGGAUGCGGCCCUCAACCGAGGUGAUUCUCUAUUUAUCACAUGUACAUGGAGCGGAGUUGAUGUAAGAUAAUUAAAGAAUUGAAAUACGGCGGGAUUAAGCGAUACCCCAGGGAGUAUCAAUCCGGGUGUUGCCGGAAACCUAGAGCGGGCACCUCAGCACAGAUUCCCUCAUUGUGCCAGGGUGCACUUGGAGUUUAAAAAUAGCCACCCUCUCCUAGGUGGUUCACCAAGGCAAGUUGUUAAAAAACAUCGGCAGGUGGUAGGGGUAAAUAGGGAGGAGAGGAGAAGUGAUCUGCCAUCAGCCUGCGGUAUUAAAAUAGAAAAGAAUGUUUUUGGAAUCCAAUUGGACUUGGUUGGCAGAACGAUGGGGCAAUAUGGCCGACUUGGCCGAGCGGGUUGACGAUCUGAUAUGCAGUUUUGAUUCGUCUGGUGAUACAACAAUGGAUACAUUAUCAAUGUUAAUAUUUGGUUGGAUGCUAUUUGGUCUUGUUGUGCUGUGCGUUGGUAAAUAUAUUUACAAUCGUUUUGUACUCAAUGAUAAAAUAGCACCAAGUGGUACAAGUGGUACAAGUCCUAGUGCACCAAGUGGAAGUGGUACGCUCAUCAAGGAUCAUGGAAUCCAUGGAAUUGGUGAGAGUGUCGUGUCAGCUGGCAAUAUUGCGAGUAAAUUACUUACCCAGGACAAGCCCAUUAAAGUGGCAAUGGCUAAAUCAGCCACUGCUAGUUUUGCUGCUAGUCAUGUUGCUGGUGCUGGUGUUAUUGGAGGUGGUGGUGGUGGAGGCGGUGGAGGUGGUGGAUAUGUACCACCUACACCACCGAUGAGGAAGAGGCUAACUAGGAAACCAUCGGGAUCACUUUUGAGCCCUGCUAGAAGCUCAAGAUCUCUACAUUUGCCGGCUGCUACUGGCGCUGAUACUGAGGCUGUUCGCUGGGUUAAUGAGCUCGUUGUUUGGCUACACUCGGAUUUAGUUAUACUUAAUGAAUUGCUCGCCACUUGGGUACUCUCUCUCAAUCAUUUUGUCGCGAGCUCCGUCGAUGAGCAUGGAGUGGGUGUGGAAUUUGUACGAGUCCUUCCGGAAACGCAAUCGCCUUCUCUUUCGAAUAUCUUCUGCGAAUGCGACUCUAAGAAUGAUGUCACAAUAACAUGCGAUUGCGAGGCAACACCGGCAUUGCAACUGAAGGCAUUCCGUCAGAAAGGCGAUAAAGUUGAGGUCAGCCAUUAUCGUGCUAACGUAAAUCGCUUCCGAGCACGUUUAAAUGUUGUGUGUAUCACCGAGAAACUUCUGAUGGACGUGAAGUGCGAUGGCUGGCCAGAGGUGAAGGUCUCACUGGCCCAAGUGGGAACCAUAAAGAAGGACCUGGAUGAGAGCCAGCUCCAGGAAGUGGUGACCGAGAUAGUGGUAGGGGCCCUGAGGGGGACCAAUGUUCAUCUCAAUUUAUCGAAAUAUCCGACCUGUCCGAGACUCUGGCGAGACCCACCACCGCACACCGGCUAUUCAAUGCCAUUGCACUAUGACAACAUGGGUCAUCCAGAGUCGACAGCACAGCAGUACGUGUCCGGAGACAGACGUCUCCUCGUCAAAGUCGUUCGAGCUAAUGAUCUCGGAGGGAAAGAGGGAUGCUCUCAGCCUUAUUGUGUUGUCGAAUUGGAUGAACCACCACAGAAGCACCAGACGUCCAUCAAAAAGGACACGAUGAGCCCUGUGUGGGAUGAAGCCUUUUUAUUCGAUGUCAGUCAUAAUACGUCGGAAGUGCUACUUGAGAUCUUCGAUAAUAUGAACAAAAGUCAACGAUUCCUGGGUCUUGGAAUUGUCGGUGUUGAGGAGCUACUAGUUAAUCCGAGUCAGAGGCAGAUUAUUCCUCUUCAAGCAAGACCAUACGAGGCUGAUGAAGUCACUGGAACCCUCACAGUCGAAUUUCUAUUUAUUGAGGGGGCUGAGGUGCCUCAGAUUGGUUCGAAGCCUUUCAAACUCAAGGAAGCUAUAAAACCAGUGUCACCUACCCGCACUUACAGCCCAACCAGUCAACUCAGCAAUAAUAGUCUUAAUUAUAACAAUGGUAACAGCACACUUAUCUUGUACGACUCUACUGCUCAAUCAACCGGGGAAUUGGCUUUUCUUUCAGACUAUUUGACGAAUGGUACAACUGUUGACUCGCCGUACAGAACUGGACAAACAAAUGGCAACAAGGGAACUCUGAUUGUCCACAGUCAACAGAGGCAACCCGAGCGUCAAGUCGUCAAGGUUGCACUAUCAGAGGACGGCAGUUGGCAAGAACUCUCCCCAGAGCAUGUGAACCGAGAUAACAGCGGUGCAUCAGGUCCGGAAAGUACGCCAAGGUCAUCGAAUUCUGAAGGAACUAGAGAACGGGGACGAACGCGAAGAAAACGACGUGACUUUUUCGGAACUAUCAAAAAACGUUUGAGUAGGUCGAAGACUAGAAGUAGAUCGGCAGGACGAGAGGGAGAUAUUAAUCACGAAGAUGCUCACUCAAGAUCGAUAUCUGCUGACAGAGCACGUGAUCCUGGUUCAGUAUCAUUGAACGUCCCAGGUAAAGAAGAGCACUCAAGAAGAUCGAGUCUGAGUGAAGCUUCCGCCAUCAGUGGCACCUCAACGAGAACUUACAUUAAUGAGGCGUCAACAUUAGUGCUAGAAACAUUAGAGAAUGGCAUUAAAAAGCACUACCUCGUACCCCUGUCCCUCGCCCAGAAGAGUAAGUGGAGGAAAAAGGGCACGAAGUUACACAUAUUCAAUGAUCACACCUUCAUCGCGAAACACAUGUCUGGUGGAACUGUAUGUGAAGUUUGUAAGAGAACUUUGGCCCGGCGAUUAGGUAAACAGGGCUACGAAUGUAGGGACUGCUUACUCAAGUGCCAUAAGCAUUGUCACGUUAAAGUCGACGUCAUGUGUUCGACAUCAACAAUUCAGAGUUUAGAAUUAACUUACCUCCGAACACCCCAGCUCGAACGGAAAUUUUCAACCCGUCGAUGCUGAGACACCAGGUGAAGACUAUAAUUGCUGAUCCAUUCGUCCAUAAUAAUCAAAUGAAAAUUUAAGUUUUUUUUUCAAUCGAUGAAACAUCUUCCCACUUUAUUUCCCUUCCAAAAAGAUUAAACUGAGAUCUUCCCACUUUAUUUUUCAAUAGUCUUCGAUUGAUUUCCGAUUCGAUUUUAUAUUCCGGUGAGGACUAAUUUUUCACUAAGACGAAGCCAUGAAAUCUAGUCUAAACUCUGGGAUGGGCGAUGCUAGAAAAAAAAUCGACAAAAAAAAACGAUUAUUUAAAUAUUCGAGGUUCUUCCAUCAUUGAAAAAAACUUGCGAUUAAUCAAGUUGACAAUGAAUUUCAUCCAAUCUUCUAAUAAAAAAUGAAAUAAACAAUUGAUCUGAUUAAUUUUUCAAAAUAACUUGUCAAUUUUCCGGUUUUUCAUAUUCAUAUAUUCACCUGACGCGAAACUAUUGGAAAAAAAAUAUUGAAAAUUGAUUAAUCAAAAGUCGAAUACAUCGAAUGAAAGCCAAAUUCGAUUAAUCGAAUAUCGCUCAUUCCUGAUGUAAAAUUAGUGAAUGCCCGUGGAUCUUCGCGGUUUUGCACUAUUAAUUACCUAUUUUAUAAAUAAAUAGGAAUAAGUGGCAUCUACUUCCUCGAGCUACUGCAGAUAUACAUAAAUAUUUAUAAACAUAUUCACCGUGAAAUAGUUUUGCCUCAAAGAAAAAUGGCGCAAUUAAAAUAAGUGACUAACAGCAUCGAAACCAAAAUAUAUAUACUGUUGAAAAUAAAAACUUCCACGUCGUCCUUCAAAAAAAUCUACAGAGCGGAAGAUAUUUACAGACGAAUGGGAAUGAUCCCUGCUAUUUCUUCCUUUCGACUUGAAUUUUCUUCUCGAAUUAUAUAUAUUGUAUACAACAA